UCCUCGCAGGCGGACGACUUCAUCCGAGCGAACGCCUGCAACAGGUUGACCGUCAUCGCCGAACAGAUCCGGCACUUGCAGGAGCAGGCUCGGAAGGUCUUGGACGAAGCUAACAGAGAUGCUGAUCUGCACCACGUGGCCUGCAAUCUUGUGAAGAAGCCAGGAAACAUCUACUACAUGUAUAGGCGGGAGAGUGGCCAGCGAUACUUCUCCAUCCUGUCUCCUAAGGAAUGGGGGACCAGCCCCCACGAGUUUCUCGGCGCCUAUAAGCUCCAGCACGACAUGUCCUGGACUCCCUUUGAGGACAUCGACAGGCGAGAUGCUGAAAUAAACAUCCUGGACAAGCUGCUGAGCCAGCAGGCAGCGCUGCCUCCGUGUACAGAGCCCAACUUCCAGGGUCUCACCAAGUGACGUGAGCCGCCGUGACCGUACAGGACCUCUGAGCAGAGCCCCUGCGAGAGGACAGGCCGGCUGUGCCCGAACGCUGCCGAAGGCGGGGCAAGGAGAGAGAUCCAGAAAUGAAAACGCUGCUGCCGCCGAUACUUGCGCUGUACUUUAAUGAGACUAAUUCCAAAAUCAGCCUUACUGGAUUUUCUGGUAAUCGAGUAAUUUCUUUCUUUGACUCGUGCCAAGCUCUAGCGAGAGGCAGAUAUCAGAUGGAGUCAGUCCAAGAGGGCUUGGGGCAAAAAGCAAAAUCACUUGACGCAGAUGUGAUAGCGCUAUGAAAUACGUCCUGCCUGUCCAGCCACGGUGUACGACUCUGCGUCUUGCGCUAGGUAAUCGUUUCAGGGCUGGGUUUCGGCCCUGAUGAAAAAGCACAUAUUUAGGAAGCCCUCUGGCCGGGGAAGAGCAGUUAAAGCCCCAUGCAGAAGGGUGUGUUGUGAGCUGAGCCUAUGGGUCUCUCCCAACAGCGUUCAAGAGCCUGUGACUUCCAUAUGAGGUGCCCUGGAGCUCUCCUGGCUGGGAAGAGCAUCCUCAAAAGGACCACGCAAGCUUCAGGCCCUUGGCCUGGCUGCUGAGGGUUGGAGCAGGCUGUGCGCUCUUUGAAGGACGGGUGUUUCACAGCCCUCUUAGGUUUCCCUUGGCUUCAGCGGCUGAGCUGCCAGGGAGUGAUGGGGAACGUGCCGGGCCCUGCACUCUUGUUUUAUGUUGAGUGUGGCUGUGGCAGAGCACUGGAAAAAAUGAAAUAAAUCUUAUCUUGAUCUCACA